CUACUAGCUUCAAGUCCACAAAGAUUCAACAUUAGCAUUGGAGGGAGGGAGGAGAGGAAGAAUAUGGAAGGUGCAAAUAACCUCUCUCUCCCAAUAUCAUUAGUUCGUGCUUAUGAGUAUGUUCAUGUGCCAAUGAAUAAGCUAUCAACCCACAUAUGGAUGACACUAUCAUGGAUGAGGGAGGUGGUGAUUUUGCCAACAAUCAAGGCCAUUUUUGUAGCACUAUUGUGGAUGAGAGAAGUUGUGGUUUUGCCGGUAAUGAAAGUAGUAUUAGCGGCGUGCUUAACAAUGUUGGUGUUGGUGAUGAUAGAGAAAAUGACGAUGGGGUUUGUGAGUCUCUAUGCCAAAAUAUUUCGCCGAAAGGCAGAGAAGAUAUACAAGUGUGAUCCUAUUGAAGAUGAUGAAGAGCUUGGGAGCUUGGUCUACCCUAUGGUGCUUGUUCAAAUACCAAUGUAUAAUGAAAAAGAG